CGGUCUUGUCCGGAGACAGCUUCAGUCCAUUAGUACUUAGUACUGUUCUGGAUACAGUCUAGUUAUACCUAAAUCAUGCUCGCCCUCCGUCCUACAGCCCGCCUCUGGGCCACCCAGGCGUCUAUCGGCUCCAAGUCCAGCCUGACCGAAGCCCUUGCCCUCCUGCCGCCCAUCCCCCUCUACCGCCGCAUUCUCCGCGUCCACCGCAAGAAGCUCGACCCGGCGAUGCGCCUGCUGGGCGAUUCCUAUGUCAAGAGCGAGUUCCGCGCCCACCGCACGGUGGAGAAUCCAUUGCACAUUAUCGGCUUCCUGACGGAGUGGCAACUCUACGCGCAGAAGCUAGAGGGGGAUGCCUGGAUCGGCGAGAAGCUGGACAAGGGCAAGUUGGACAAGAUGAGUGAUCAGCAGGUUGGGCAGUUGUAUGAGUUGAUGCAGGCUAUCAGGAAUGAAGAUGGGGAGGGAGGUGAGGGUCAUGGUGAUGGGAAGCAAUAGUCUUUUUGUGACGAGUGUCUGUCUUCCUGUCUGUCUGUCUAUCUGUCUGUCUGUCUGUAUAUAUAUAGUAUCAUAUAAACCGAG